AUGUUCAAGUAUAACACCCUGACGCCCGAAAAGGACGAGGAAACCCAUGAUGCCACAAGCAAUUCUUUGAUCACAGAGGAAGAGGGCAUUAUUCCUCUGCUGGACGAGAACGCCGAGAAUCAGCGGGCGCAUGAUGGGAUACCAACUACUCGUGUCUCAAGCUAUUCUUUUGUAGUUCUACUUGUCGGUGUCGUGUCCUUCAUCUUCUCGGUGCUGUUCUACGCCGUUCGACACUCCUACGCAGCAACAGACUCUUCAUGUCAACGACGAAUGUGGGCUUACAGCCCGGAAUCGGACUUUUUGCAGUACGAAUCGCGACAGUAUGAUUCAGAUUUAAUCUCUCACGAUUUCGUGGGCGUACCUACCCAGAGCCGUCGGGACGCGUGGGAUACACUGUGGAAAACCGGACGAUUUAGCUUUCCGUACGACAAAUUGCCCGCCAUAAACAAAUCAACAGAGGAACGCGAGUGGUGGAGUCUGCCUCCACCGCGUGAGCAAGAAGUGAUCGCAAUGUCUGAAGCAAUGCAUCAGGUCCACUGCGUUGGCGUACUUUGGUUCUUUGUGCAUCGGAAUGAAUGGGAUUACCGCACAGCCAUCAAUAAGACGGAAGAAUUCAUGCAGAUUCAUUCUCGCCACUGUAGUGUCAUGCUGAUGAACUUGAUCAAGUGUAUGGCCGAUGUCACCCCAGUACUCUUUCAAAAGGACACCGGGAAUGUCAUUUCGGGAACCGGGUUGGGGGCUUGGAAACCGCGAGAUGCGCCCCGUCGAUGUAAGAGAUUUGACAAGAUCUGGGAUUGGGAGCGCAAAAACAGCAUCUGCCCUAUGGGGUGUGUACCCGAAGAUAUAGCACGUCUCUAUCCUGGGACUGCCUAA